AUGGUGAAAAUCUGGGGGUUCGAGCUAUCUGAAAUGUCGUUCAGCGCCUUCGGGUCCAAGAACAUGUUCGACAAACGUUGGCCAUUGCGCAAGGAGCGCGUUAUUCUUUACCAGCUGGCCAUGUCCAUCUGCCUGGCUGCGGAAUGCUCUGCGACGUACUCGCUCUCCAAGUACGAAGACCAGCAGACCAACAUUGAGCGCCUCUACGCUCGCGAACACCCAGAUGCCCAGUUCGGGGAUAUCGCCGUCCAUAAUAACCCGGUUAUAGCGGCUGCUUGCGUUACAAUCGUCUUCGCCGUGCUGGUCGCCACCCUCUUCGGCGCAGAUUUCUUCUUCCUCCUACAGUUCCCGAGGAGAGUCUACCCCACCUGGUAUAAUGUUGCGAAGAAGUUCCUCUCAUUGUUCAUCACGGCCGGUGUACUAGCUGGAGCUUUGUUCAGUACCGUGGUCGUGGCGACACAGGAGCAGUACAUAAACGGCACCGCCGUGACGGAGGCCGAGAGUCGACGAUAUGAAGAGUUCUUCUAUCGGCCGCCGUUUGUGUACAAGCGUUGGGCCGUUAACAUCGCGUGGGUAGUCUUGAUUUGGAUUGGAUGGGUAGCCACCGUUGCGAGCACCAUCAUCAUGUGGAAGGCGAUAGAACACGACAAGACUCACGGGACAGGCCCUAGGUCGGAUAUCCCUCUUGAAUCGACGGAGAGUCAACGUGCCCUUGGAGGCGUCAUUGAUGCUGAGAAGAAAGCAAGCGCGUAA